AUGUGGUACUCAAAUUAUGGUCAAACGGCACACCAGAUUGAUUAUGCCUUGGUACGUGCUCGGUGGGCAUCUUCGGCGGAAGACUGCCGUUCAUAUCGCGGCUCAGAAACUGGAAACAGGAACGGUUCGGACCAUAACCUUGUACGCGUCCGCUUCAAGAUCCCCCUGACUACUCGCCGGAAGACUCGUCUCCCAGGCAAAUUCAACGUCGCGUUCUUGGAACGACCUGAGAGAAGGCAGGCACUGCUGGACGCAGCCGCUUCCAACAUGGUCGAAGCUUUCUUUGAUGACUCAAUUGUCGACGCACCGUGGUCUAAAAUGAAAACGUCCAUCAGAGAAGUGGCGCUGGGGCAGUUAGGUGAGAUUUUCCGCCAUAAGAGAGACUGGAUCUCCGAGCGUACACUGCACUUCUCCGCAAAGGCAAGAGGUACGCGGCUGAUCAGUUCUCCUGAAAUUCGUAUUCUCCGUCACCAAACCACAUGCUCCGCCAAGAGUAAUCGUAAACAAUACUGGAAGGCGAUUGCAAACAGCAUGGAGGCUGCAAUCGUCGCAGCGGACUUCGGAAAGUUAUUCCGUCUUAUUCGUGUCGCAGCAGGAAAGAAGCAAACAUCGGGACUACUGUAG